CCUGCUGCAUCACAGGAGCUAUCCAGUGCUGAACAGGAUCGUUUUAUUUUUUUUUUUUUUUUGGGGGGGGGGAGCUGGGGGAGCCAUAGAGUAUCACACAGCAUUGCCGUCAGCCUUGUUCUCCACUGGUUUCCAUUUUCUUUCUUAUCUUUAUGUUUUUGGCUGUUGUCUCCACAUUAACCACAAGGAUUACCGUCAAGCCAGCUCUGCUUGUGUGCUUCCUCAGAGGGUCUUUUAUUUUCUCUCAUGCUUUUUCCUCAGCUCUGUGUUUUUAUCCACUGAAACAUGCCCCGUUCAUUUUUGGUGAAGAAAAUCAAGCUUGAUGAUUUCUCUUCGUCCAAUGUGGCAACCUCUAAUCAUCAUCACCACCACCUGGACGACUCGUUCACUUUUGCACGCUCCAUCACAGACUCUGUGACCAGCCUUGGGGUUCGUCUCAGUGAGAAUGGCUACAUCCAGGAUUACAUCACGCCAUCUGUAUACCAGGGGGAGAAGAAGAUGGAGCACAAACUGGCUUCACCGGUGUCGGACCCCCUGUACACCCAGGUGAGCAGCGGGGGGGAGGAGUACUGCGACCCUGACCUGGAGCACCCCGACAGCCCCCAGUCCGGCAUGACAGCCAGCGGCUUCUACAGUGGCGAAUCAGAGGCCCUGACUGAGGGUUACACCAUGGAUGCCUUCUUCAUCUCUGAUGGGCGCUCGAGGCGGAAGGGAGACAGCGAGGGUCGUGGGGGGAGCUCAAGAAGCAGCACUGCCAACGCUGCGGCCCAGGAAAGGGGAGCCGGCACGCCUCGCCACACCUGCAACGAAUGCGGCAAGACGUACGCCACCUCCUCCAACCUCAGCAGACACAAGCAGACGCACCGCAGCCUGGACAGCAAGAUGGCCCGCAAGUGUCCCACCUGCGACAAAGUGUACGUGUCCAUGCCUGCGCUGGCCAUGCACAUCCUCACCCAUGACCUCAAGCACAAGUGUGACGUGUGCAGCAAGGCCUUCAGCAGGCCGUGGCUCCUUCAAGGUCACAUGCGCUCACACACGGGGGAGAAGCCCUUUGCCUGCGCCCACUGUGGCAAAGCCUUUGCUGACCGUUCAAACCUCCGCGCCCACAUGCAAACACACUCUGCCUUCAAGCACUACAGAUGCAAGCGCUGCAAUAAGACCUUCGCUCUCAAGUCCUACCUGAACAAGCAUUAUGAGUCAGCUUGCUUCAAGGGCUCCGCAGACGAAGACGACUCUGGAUCGGAAAACUAAGUACAAGAAGGAAGCAAAAUUUGGAACCCCUGUUGUAGGUUCUCAACCAAUAACCCUGUUCACUCUGCCCUCCAUGCCUUUUUUCUUCCCUUUUUUUAGAAAGCAAUAUUUUCACUGAGAUUAUGUGAAGAAACUAUAAUGAUUAUGGCAAAGACAAUUUCAAAAGAUGCUGGAUUUUUUUCCCUGCACAGUAGCUAAUCGUCCACAGAAACAUACAAUCAAACAACCUUCCCCAAAAUAGAAACUGUAGAUGUUAGUUGUACACAAAUAACUAACACGUGUGCACGUGGAUGUGCACACUUACAUAUUAACACACACACACACACACACACACACACACACACACAUGAACACACAAACACAAUUAUAUAUGAGGCCUGGCAUGUGAAUUUUUAUCAAUGACUAUAAUGAUAUUGAUAUCAAUAGUAAUAAUAUUUAGAUUCCUGAUAUUUUAUAGCAAAUAGUAUGGGAAAAUGAAAAAAAAAAACAAAAACAUAAAACAGACUGUAACAGUGUUCUUUUGUUUUUUUAGAGACAAAAAUGACCUCUUGUAUUUUUAUGCUGCUUUUUAUUUGCUAAGAAUUGAAUUCUUUUGCAACUGCCAACAUGAACUUUUUAUGAAAAUGUGAACUAUGACAGUAUUUGCAAAAAAAAGGGAGAUCAUUUUAAAAAGGUAAAAAGACAAACCCCCUUUUUUUCCACACCAAUGUUUCAAUUCAACGGAUGUUAUUUUUCUAUUUGAUUUUUCUAAAUUUAUUUUUUUGUGCUUAUUAUCCCUUGUUGAUGAAGAGUAUCUUUGUAACUGUGGGUAUUCAAACAAGUUAAAAAAAAAAACAAACAAAAAACAACAAAAAAAAAAAAGCAAACAAAAGCAAAAGCCAAGCCCAUUCAAGUGAUUUACAUAAGCUAUACAAGCUCAUAGGCCAUAGGUCAUUCAAUUCAAUUCUGCAAGAGCAGGUAUUUUGAUGUGUUAAACAAGCCUGUUGAACAGGUUCUCACGCACGCCGUCUGAUCAAAUUCAUGUUCCUUGCCCUGAUAUAUUGACUCGGACAAAAACACUGGGAGCUAAACCAAAUGAUCUAUCGUUAUAAGUGCCAUGUGCAGCGACCUGUCUAUAGCAAUGAAAACUCUCGUUGUUCUUCCUCCACCAUGGUGGCUUUGCAUGAACUCUGCUGCCUUUAUGGUGCAUCAUGCAGUCUUAACAAAAGCAAUCUCCAUCCACCGUUUGAGGUGCUCCCCCUCCUCGCCUGAUACCUCACAUUGAAGAAGGUAUGGACUCACACACCCUCAGUUACAAAGUGACAGUCAAAUAAUUGUUUGUCUGUUUGUACGUCGCUCAAAGCUCCGCCCAUGGUUUUAGAUGUACACCAUCUAUUUAUCAUGUAAAUACUUUAUUUAUCUAUUUAUUUAUCUAUUUAUUUAUUGGUUGAUUUACCUUAUUUUUUUUCUGUGUAUUUAUUGAAAACCUUGCUUCUUAAGUCAUUAUCAUCUAUUUAUUUAUUGUUUAUAAUUGAGUUUAAAAUAAUGAACAUCCAUUGACCUUGUAAGAUGCUGCUGAUCUUCAAAGAAAAUGUUUAUAUGCAUGAAACUGUAGAGAGUCCGUGGGACUUAGUUUUUUAAAGAGGAACAAUGUACAGUAGCAGCGGUGUAGAGUGCUUCAAAUAAACGAAUGCAGAUUGCUUUGGCUUUCACGGCAAUAACUUCACUGGCACGGCAAUUGACAUGUGUAACAAUCAUAGCUGUCCUGUUUUUCAAGUCGAUUUAGGGCAAUAAAAAUGAAACAAUGAAAAUAAAGCGCUAAAAUAUCUCCCCUUCUGCUGAUUCCAAAUGUAAAAUCCACUGCCUCCUCCCUUAUGGCUGAAGAUUUCGAGCCCCUUUUCUGUCUUCAAAUCUCAGGCAAUAAUUCCCAGAGAUGGCAGAACCUGAUGCUGAUGUGUGUGUAGAUAUCACCCCCUCCAAAAAAGUUACAUUAUCCAUUUAUCCAUUUGUAAAUUUGCAGCUUGUUUAACUUAGAGAAUAGAAAUAAUGUAGGUGUAAUCUAGUUACACUGAGUUUUCAAAGGUGGAUAAGCAAUAAUAAUAAUAAUAGUGAUGCAGUGACUAUGAACAAGACUCAAUCCUUUAUACAGUGUAACAGAUUCCAAAACUGAUGGGGAAAAAAACGUGUUUUAAAUAGAGGUAAUUUGCUUGGAGGAGAGUGCUUUCCUUUUGUAUUAUUUUUAAUACCUCUUUUGUUUUCUAAAAAAAAGAAAGAAAGAAAGAAAGAAAAAAAUGCUAAAUCUUUCCUGGAAGCUGAGGGGAAGGUAUGGUUUGACUGAACUGCUGCAUGUAUUACACAACAGGAUGACAAUAAUUCUCAUUUAGGUCACUGACAUAAUAGGGCAUUUAAACGAAAUUAAAUUCAAAGUCACCAGUGCUUUUUUUUCAAAUUGCGCUGCAGCAUGGCUUCUUAAAACAGCUAAGUAAGCCUCGGACGUGUUAAAGGAGAAAAUCCUGCUGAGAUAACAGAACGGCUGGCUGUCAGGGGUUGUGCUGUGUAACCCGGCCCGGCACUAACAGGGAUGAUCUUGACGAGAAACUAUCCUGGUGGAGAAAGUUUUUUUUUUUUUUUUUUUUUCUGUGAUUGUUGUAAUAAAAUGACGCACUCUAAUGCACUUCCAACUCCCCCUUUCAUUUGUCCCCGCUCCGCAUCCCUCACCACCCGCCCUCGUCCCAUCCCAACUGUCUCCAAACAGACGUAUGGAGUAGGAGAUGUGCUGAAGUGGGAUUGGCGGAGGGUGGCAGAGUGUGGGAGGAUAACAGGUGUUUGCAGACAGACUGCAGAUAGGGAGCGUAAUUGAGUCGGUGAGCGACCUCCAAGGGGAAGGUCAAGCACCAGCAGGCAAAUGCACUGUCAGCUAUUUGCAUAUUCUAAAUGGAUGACACACUCACAGUAAUGGUGAGCUUGUCUUUAAAAAAAAAAAAAAAAAAAAAAAAAA